UGACUCACUGUGCUUGUCGCUGCGGAACCCAAAGAGCAGACGAGAGCACGAGGAGUAUUCACUGUGGACUUCAUGGAUGAGAGAAAGGAGCAUUUUCACAGAACAAGUGAUUUUUAUAAUUUCUUUCCUCACAUUGUUGAAGUUUUUGACUUGUUUUUCGGCAUCAAAACUGUGACGGGCGAUACAUGCACCGACAGCUGGACUAGUUUCAUUUCUUAUAAAGUGUAGCCUAUUAGUAACUGUGGAAGUCCGGAGUAGGCUACAUAUUGCCGUCUUCUUCGUCUCCGUCUUAUUUAGGCGAUAUAAACCCUUAUAAUUGUUUCUUAAUUACCAAUAUUCUCUUUUAAAAGUCACUUAAUUGUUUACGCGAGGACACCUCGCGCCUCCUGGAAUUACAGUGGAUGUUUUCACAUUAUUAUGAAGCGUUGUCGAGCCUCACAGACGAUGUUCAACUUUCCUGUGAGAUUCUCCACACAGCCGUGUGUCCUCCUGACGCUUAUUUAGACGGAUCAUUCAUCCACCAGACUGCUUUUAACAACAGACACUUGUGGCACUGCACUACAAAUUUGGGACUUUUCAAGGGAUGGCACAUCUAUACUUUUAAUGUUUAAGGUGCUUCCCAGACACUUCAGAACACAUUUAAGACCCACGAAACAGAUCAUGGCUGUUAAGAUGACAACAUUUUGUAACUGCACCGCAGGAGAGACUCGUGUUGAGAUGCUUGGAGGGGGAAACAUCUAACCGAUACGCUGUUUCGUGCUUAUAAAGAGAUGAAGGCUCUGUGUAUCGUCCUGUAGACAUUAAGGAAGAUUUGUCGGUGGGAAAACACUGACCCGUUCCCUUCUCCUUCCCCGAAACCAACUUCAGAGGAACUGAAGAUGCUGCGUCUCAGCCUAGCUGGGCUCAUGUUGUUCAUUCUUUGCAGAGUUAUCGACAGUCGGAUGCUGAUGGAAGGACUGCAGAGAUUUGGUUCCAUCCCAACGUAUCUUCCAGUCCGAUAUCAGGUGCUAAACGCAGAGUCUGCCUUCUUCCUGAAAGAGGCCAACCAGGACAUCAUGAGAAACUCCAGCCUGCAGGUUCGUACAGAACUUUUCUUUAUCCAACAAGCCAGAAAGACGCCGUCGGUCAACGCCAGUUACGGACCGCUGUAUGUGGAACAGCCCGUGCCCAUGGAGCUUCUGGGCCCGGGACUCUUCAACAACCCUUCAUCCACGUCCCCAUCAUCCACUUCUUCUCCACUCUUUAGUUUUAACUGGAAAGUGCAGACUUUCAUUAUCAGUGAGCGAAUCCACCCCAGUUGGCCAAAGGUUCAGGUUCUCUUCUACUUAGUAGGCCGGGACUGGGACGACUACAGUGCCGUGGACAAGUUGCCAUGUGUAAGGAUGUUUGCCUUCCAUGAAACCCAAGAGGUACGAGGCACCUGUCGUCUGAAAGGGGAACUCGGACUGUGCGUGGCUGAACUGGAGCCGCUGCCUAGCUGGUUCAGUCCCCCUAGUGUCAUACCAGGUCGACAGAGAUCUCCCGAGCUGGUUGAAGGCACUCCCGUGGAGCUGUAUUACAUGCUACAAUCCACUGACACUGGGGAAUGCAGCUCGGAGGACUCCCGCAAGACCAACUCCAUCCGCACUGGCCAACUGGGUCCGGCUGGUUACUUCUCAGGGCCCACACCCAUGCGCAGGAUCGGCAGUGUACGGCUGUUCCAGCCACUCUCUGAGCUGCGUUUGGACAGUAACUUUGUGGUGAUGGUUCCCUCCAGACCCAUCAGGCAGAGGGAGACGGUUUCAGCCUUCCUCGCUGUCUCCACCCUUUCAUCAGUAGAGAUCUUCACUUUAAGGGUCAAGUUGAAGGAUGGUGUGGCGUUUCUGGGGGCGAGGGCCAGCAACCCGGUUCAGUGGACAGUUAGUCAAGACGUCAGGAGUGAGGGACACAGAGUGGUCACUCUGCACUGCCGUAGAAAGGAAGCCAACUUUGGAAAAAGGGUGGAGGCUGGUUUCCAGAAGGUUUUACAGGUGGAUCUGGAGGUCAACGGGUUGUUGGAUCCUCUAGGAAGUCGCUCAGUGACAUGGCAGAUUGAGUACCCCAUCUCCCGGACCCUCUCAGAUGAGAUCCAGACCCUCAUCCGUCUGGCACCACAUGACCUUGGUGGCAUCGUGCCAUUGGCUAUGGAGACAGAGAUCCUUAACACCGCAGUGCUCACCGGGAAGACUGUUGCCAUGCCAGUGAAAGUGGUCACCGUUGGAACCGAAGGUACUGUGACCGAUGUGACCGAGUCGGUGGAAUGUCGCUCGACAGAUGAGGACGUGGUUAAGGUGUCAGAAAGGUGCGAUUAUGUGUACGUCAACGGAAAGGAGACGCGUGGGAGAGUGCGGAUGAUGGUGAACUUUACCUACAGUUACCUAAGUGCUCAGCUGGAGGUGAGCGUGUGGAUGCCUCGACUCCCCCUGCAGAUCGAGAUGUCUGAUCCAGAGCUCAGCCAGAUCAGGGGCUGGAAAGUUCCUGCAGAUGCUGCCAGCCAGAGGUUUGGAGAGGAUGACGGGGAUGAAGGAGCCAAGAAGGACCGGAGCUGUGGUCCACAGUAUCAGAGCACCACCGUCCGUGUCCUCACACACUUUGAGGCCGAGCCAGAGGAGUGGCAGGGUCAGCCAGACUUCCUCUUGGGCAGUGAUUGGCAGGUGGACGUGACAGAGCUGGUGAGGGACUCGUUAAGGGUGGGGGAUGAACGCGUGGCCAAGCUGUCAGAGGAACAGGUUCUGAUCGGUCUGAACACUGGCUCCACCAAAGUUCAGGUGUUGUCCCCAUUGUCAGACUCAGUUCUGGCUGAGAGGAUGAUCCGGGUUCUGGAUGAUAAAGUCAGUAUAACAGAGCUGGGUGUGCAGCUGGUCUCUGGCCUUUCCUUGAACCUUCAACUCAGCCCAGGAAGCAACAGGGCCAUCGUCGCCACGGCUACCACACAGGAGACCAUGCACAAUGCUAAUCAGGAGUCCCUUGUCAGUGCAUGGCUUCAGUUCAGUGAUGGCUCCAUGACCCCUCUUGACCUCUAUAACCCUGCACAUUUCGUCCUAACGGCCACCUCGCUGGACGACAAGGUGGUAUUGGUGAGAAAAAGCACCACCUGGAGGUGGCCAGUGGUGGUGGCUAAGGGUGAAGGGCAAGGCAUGUUAGUCCGCCUGGAGAUGUAUGGACCCGAAUCGUGCCUAAAAACCAAGCGUCGCACACUUCUGGCAGCAGGCAACGCGAACGUCCAUGUGAAGUUCGGCCGUGGCGAUGAAACGGGAAACAGUGCGAGCGACAGGAGAUACAGGCCCAAUGCCCCAUACUACGGAGGUUCAAUCUCAGACAUGGAGGCUGGAAUCAUGAACAGAGGUGCUACCACCAUCAAAACCUCCAUUCCAGGGAAAGCAAGCGGUGACAGGCUCUCAGUUGGUGAUAUUCCGGUUGAUUUCUCUGAAUUCCCAGCUCAAGGAGACCUUCCACCUGGACAUAACACAGAGGAUGACUUAAUGCAGACUCGCCGUGGGCUCACAGAUCUGGAAAUAGGCAUGUACGCCCUGUUAGGUGUCUUCUGCUUGGCCAUCCUGGUAUUCCUAAUCAAUUGCGUCUCCUAUGCCCUUAAGUAUCGUAACAAGCAGCUCCCAUUGGAGGGCCAGGAGACCAUGGCUCACGCCCACGACUGGGUUUGGUUGGGUCAUGACGCGGAGCUAUUGGAAAGCCAAGCGGGUUUGUGUCUUGACCAAGAGGAGCUAGGUGGGACCAUGGACUCCGGGCUGGGCCUGGAAGAGGGUAGCCAGCUCCUCAAUGGCCUUUCCUCUCAGAAGAGUGUGCAAGGCCAGGUCCACAGGUCGGCCUCUGACUCGGGGUGCACUGGGAGAGAUCACAAGAGCGAGUCCAUAAACUCACCCACUACCAAACGGAAACGAGUCAAAUUCACCACUUUCAGCCAUAGCAAGCCCAGCAAUGGCUGCCCGUCCAUAAGCCCUCUUCUCAUUGGUCAGAACGACAUCAAAUGGGUUUGCCCAGACAUCGAGCUCGGGGACUCCAAAGAGCUCCGAAAUUACAUGGAAAGGUUAAAUGAAAAUGCUACUAAGAACAUCGCAUAGUGGGUUUGAAUUUAUUUAUGUAUUUUUCAGACAAAAGCGUAGCUCACCCAUAUGCCUUCUGGAUAAGGUGGUGGUUGGUGGUGGUCGGGUGG